UAAUUAAAAAACAACGAUUCGACUGUGUAAAAUUCCUAUACGCCCGUUUUCAAUCUUACGAGUUACUAUGAUAUAUACAAAAUAGAAUCGAUUUUGCAAUUGGAUUUUGUUUCUUAAAACUGAAAUCGAACAAAAAAUAAAAAGAAGAUAAUACUGAAGUGUUCUAAAAAAGUGACCAAGUUUUUUUUUACAGUUCUUGUGCAUGCUUAUGAUUUAAAAUAAAUACGAAUUCAAUUUAAUUGGAAUCUCUCUCACUGGGCAAACAAACCAAACGUAUUAUAAAUGUCCCACACUUAAGAUGACAAUAGCUUUAAUAUUAGUGUAAGCAAUAAAGUUGCUUUUGCAAUAUGCCGAGAAGUACUGCCAAAUCUAAAGCGAAGAAUGGUAAUGUUAACGUGAAAUCUUGUAAUGUUUCCAAAAAAAGUACAACUACAAAAACACCAAAAAAUGAUAAUAGAAAAGAAAAGUGUAUUAAGAAGGAGUUGUUGGCGGAUACCGCUAAAGAAACUGUUACUGUUGAAGAAGUAUUUCAUAGAAAGUCCGAACGACGAAGAGUUGCACGAGAUAUAUUUUUAGUAUUUGAAGAAGAGUCAAAUUGCAGACGCAGGACGAGAGGAGCAAGUAAAAAACAAACAAAACAAAAGUUUGGACACCUAAAGGUAGAGGACCCUACUAAAGCAAAAGGUCUCCUGCGAGAUAUAAAAAAUGAGCCAAGAUGCUAUCUAAAUGGUAACAACUUAAGUGUUAAUGCAACAGUACCUCCUGCUGUGCCGGCUUUAAAACGUAAUACAAACAUAUUAAAUAUCAGCAACGGAGAGAAAAAGGCGAAAACGGAAAAAAUCAAAGCAGCCGUCUGUAAAACUGCAAAUUCGGCUUAUUCAAACAAAUCAAACAAUAUCAAAUCUAUAAAAAUCUCAACAGUAGAAUCACAAUCUUGCACAUUAGAUAAUGAAACAAGAAUAGUUGCCAGGGUAAAUCCAAUAUUCUUAUGGGUGAAACAGGAUGAUACGCGUAUUGUCGAAGUCCGUUGUGAAGACUACGACAAAAGAAAUCGCAUCCGCAUCACUAAGACAUCAAAUGGAUGGCGGGCCAUUCCACGAUCUGAUCCGACAUCAUCAAAAGUACUAAAGUUUUAUCCCACACCUUUAAUGAAAGUAAAAAGAGAAAAUCACAUUCAUGAAACAAAUAACAAUAGCAUCAAUAGUCAUAGUAAAAAUAUAGAAGCAACCGUAGUUUGCCAGGAUUAUGUGACACAAAAAGUAUUGCCUGAUAAUAUGGACAGGGGAGUUGACGAUAAAUUGAGUGGAAUUGAUACAGUAUGCAAUCCUCUGGCAACUAAAAAUGUUAAAUCGAAAACCAAACAUAAGAAAUCUAAAAAACUCAGGAAAAAAUCACAAUCUGAGAAAAGCUCUAAAAAGCCUAAAACCAAUGUCACUGCCAUACAAAAUCUGAUUGUUAAUUCUGAAUCUUUAACUACACCUUUGAAUCCACUAUUUACAACAACUUCUUCAGAUGAAUCUGCUGGACUGACAUAUUCAAAUACAAAUGCUGUAAUAUCUGAAUGUAGAAUGAAUAAUGAACAAAAGUCUGAAGAAAGUUUGUCCACAGAGGAUUUAGUUGAAAAUAUCCAUGUUCAAACUUUCGAUGAGAAUGUUGAAGCAUUGGAAAAUAAAUCAACAUCGAUAAAAUUUUCUUUAACGAUAGACGUAACUUCUGAGACAGAAUCUACAUAUCAAAAAGAAUCGGAAGAAGAUUUUACCUUUCAUUUAUGUCCCAAAACUGGUCUGUUUUUGCCAAAUAAUUCAGUAAAUAUUUCAGAAUAUCAGGUUGAAUCAUUUGAAAAUGAAAGCAUCCAAAACAAUUCAAAAUCUGCUAAAAAUAGUUUUCUCAAUCCUAGCAAGGAAGAAGUGGUCACUGAUAUGGAUAAACUCAAUGCCGAUUCGAAAAUACAAAUCACUGAAGAGAUCCCUGAAAGUUUGGAGGCCAAAACGAAGAAUCUUAAAGAUCUUCUCGACGAUGCCGAUCUACUGCAGCACUGCGAUGACAAUGCGAAUAGCGACGCAGAACUAAUCGAUACUCUUGUAAAGACAAGCUGCGAAAAUAAUUUAAUUCAAGCGAAUGAAAUUAUAACAAAAGCAACUAUGGACCAAUUGCACCAUAAAACGUUACAAGGUACAAAUGAAAUGGUAGUUCAACUUAUAGCUGAUGUAAGUGAUCCUCCGAAAUGUCUGUCGUUUAACGAAGCUGGCGAAAUAGAAGGUUUGAAUGGAGAACUGUUUCAAUCUAAUACAUAUAUGGAGACUUUUGAUAAACAGUCAUCUAGCAUAUUAACAGAACAACAGAUUACGUUACAUUCGACGACUUCGGUAGUGGCAACGCCGGCAUCGCCACAAAGGUCACCAACAUGUGAAAAUAUUGAACCUAUUAUGGGAAUUAUGGACAUUAACAAUAGCAGUAAAGUGCGAUCAGUAUGUGUUAUAGAAGAUUCGCCUAAAGAUCUUAGCUAUAAAAAACGUGAAGAGGUUUGCCCCCCAUCAGAAUCGCGUAGCCAGUGUGCAGUUACAUCCAGUUCCGAUGUGGUCAAAUCACCACAACGAGAAGACACAUCUUCAUUAGCAUCAUCAUCAGAAACACUCAAAAACCUCAUACUGGAACAGUUUAUGAAAUUAAAUGCUCUCUCAACCCAACAUCAAAGGGAUCCAAUAGAUCUUGGAAAACAAAGACAUCAAGAAAUAUCCAAUAUGAAAUCCCUAUACAGCUCUAAGUCGGGACAAUCAAGUGAUUUCAUUGAGACCGUUGUCAUUGAAGAUGACGAAGACAAUGAUGGCGAAAGUGAAAUUGAACAAGAACCAUUGAAGAAACGAUUACGACUUAAUAAGCUCAAAGUUGUAACUCAGAAUGUGGGCAAAAUAGCUAUGAUAGACAAGGACCCUGAUCCAUUAACUCAGCUGCGUUUGCUAAUACGAAAUACACAAUGGAAAGUUCCCGAUCCAAUACUAGUUCCAAAAGACAGACUUAGUGCCGUUUUAGCAUCACCUGCUAGAGAAAUUCCACUCUUGAUUACUACAAGACCUGAACUACGAUUGCCUGAAGCUUUUGCCUAUCCAGAAAUUAUACAGAAUCCCAAUAUUCUUGUUAUUUCGAUGGCUCAGCUUGAGGCUAUUUUAAAAAAUGAACUUGAAAUCGAAAAAAAUGCAAGUUCCAAAGUCAUGGAGCCAGAUAUGAAUGAACAAUUGUCUGAAGAGGACAUAUCUGUCCAAUUAACAAAUGUAAACGAUUUACAAUCACAAUCGUCUACACAGCAACUUCAACAUCAGCUCAAACAAUCUACAAAUACUAUUACCACAGAUACCACUGGUUUAUCGUCAGACUCUCCAUCUGAAACAAGAAAAGAAAAUGUUAAACGUUCGCAAACAGGUCCUUCUCUAUCUUCGGACUUAAAUUCUGCCACGAUGGCGGUGCUAAAUCAGAUGUUUUGGCUGCCUUACUUUGGACAAAUUUCCCAGGAUAUUGUAAAAUCUCUUAAAAAUCCAAUAGUAUUGCAAGAAAAAUGUGCAAACCUAAUUCCAUUUUUAAAUUCUCAUUUAAAUGGUUUAACAAACAUAGAAGAUAUUUAUAAAAAUACUACUAAUAGUAAUAGUAAUAAAAUGAAUGUACAAUCUGCUUCAAAUACAGGAUUGCAAAGCUUUCAAGAGCAGAUUGCUACAAAUGAUGAGUUAUCGUUAUUCCAAAAAAUUGUUCAACAUCAAAUGCAAAGUGUACUUCAGUUGAAUCAGCUAAAAGCAGACUCAUCGCAACAUAAGGCUCCGGUAGCAGCAGUUAAUGCAGUCUCUAUAGACAAAACGAACUCUAGCAACAUUGAUUCCAUAUCAAAUUUUAUUGAGAAUAGGAAGCAAAAAGUACUUUUACCAAAUAACAAACAGACAAACCCAUCUACCAUGUGUAAAAGUCUAACAAAUAAUUGCAGUAGCAACAACACUUCAGUAACAGAAAAGUCAUACAAUUUAAGGAGUUCAGUCGCGGGUCGUCACUCCUCUGAAUCAAAGCAAUAUUCAAAUAACAACCAUAGACAAAAUACGGACAAUAAGCCAAGACUAACAUGUAAAUCAUUGUCUAAUCUCUUGGACCCCGAGCACAGUAUGGCUCCAUCGUCGAGCUCGUCAACUCCGUAUGUACAGAAUUUAUCGUCGGACUUUCUUAAAAGUGCAAAUGAAAUGAAAAGAAAUACAACAGAGUGUAAAGUUAGCGACAGAAAUACAGAAAGUAAAGGAACAGCCUUAAGUGAUGUGACUACUUUGCCUCCUCCAUCUGCAAGACCUUGCAGCAUUACAAAUGUCAGUGUUGAGUCGAACAGUGAGUUGAGUAAACAAAAAGCUAAAACAUUUGUCGAUAGUAUAACACCUGAAAACAAUAAUGUGAAUAACGAUGCGUCUGGACUAACAACCGAUACAAAUAUACCACUAUGGCAUCCUCUUUUCGGCAGCAAUACUAAGACGGCAUACAGUAGUCCAUGGCAGUGGACAACUGUUACAGCAACGGGCGAAUGACACACAGGGGCUCUUAAAGAGCCCGACAUAAAUCCCAAGGAUUCAAUAGAAUUUCGGUAUAAUAAUGUCAAUCCUGCCGCUAAACCAAAUAAAGCGAUAAACACUCCUUUUUAUUCCAACAACAUAACAAAUGCUAUAAGUAAUAGCAACAACUGUGCAAACACACCAUCCAAAUUUAAUGGUGGGAGACAAGAUCAUCGAUCGUUUCAGCAAAGUUCAGCCCCGUACAAUCUCCCAGAAAGUUCAGUUCAACAAAAAAUAUCAACACCGAUCAGGCGAGAUUCACAAUCAUCAUAUGGUUAUAAAGAAUAUAUUGAUACGAGAUCUAAUCUGGACUAUGCAAGUGUUUGGCAUCAAAAGCAACAACACCAACAACAGCAGCAGCAACAACAACAGUACAAUCAACAGCUCCCAUGGACGUCAAUUGGCAGUAACCGCAGCUACUCAGAUAACAUCUCACAAGUAACAUGUUCGAAUCGAACACAAACAUUUCCAAAUUCUCGUCCAUUUUAUAUGCAAUUUAAUCCAUACAUUACUCAAAGAGCCCUUAUUGCGUCUCACAAUCAACAACAACAUUCUGUAGAAAUGAACGACCCUCAAACAAAUGUACGAUUUGGCGAUUAUGAUUAUACGUUGCGUUAAACAAAAUGUGUAAUGUACAUAUACGCUUCAAUCACGUAAUAUAUGACAUGACUCACUCAAAUUAGUAUUUGGACUGAUCCUUUCAAAAUGUAUUUAUUUUGUUAGCACUACAGUGUGUACACGAUUCUUGUUAUAUGAGGAAUAUACACUCACUCUCAUUUACAAAAAUAUAAAAAUGGGAAAACUUAUGUGAAUUUAAUUAGUUAAUUUGUUAUGAGUAUGUAGUUUGUUACGCACUAAAAUUGUUAAUCUGUCUAUAUUUCUUUUUUUAAAUGUUAUGUUUUUAUUUUUUAAGUUAUGAUUGAUACUAAAAUUAAUGAGAACAUAUAGUAUAUAGAUAUAUUUAUUAACUUAUUAUUUUUUUCAAUGUCUUUUUUCAAAAUAAAAGCAAAGUAAUGGUGAUUUUUAACAACAUUUCAUUCCACAAAAAAAAAACUGCAAUAUGAAUAUUAUAGACCAUCUCAUUACAGACUGUUAUAAAAAUGGUCGAAUUAUUGUUUAUAUAAAAUCAAAUAAAAGUAAUAGGUAUACAUACUAGUUAAAUAAAAAUAUCUGUUUUCAAGUAACCAA